AUGUGCAAACCUGAAUGGAGCCUUCUGGGCCUGAUCGAGGAGGGCAAUGAUACUACUGCUGACCUGUUGACUUAUGAGGACCUGAUGAGUAGUGUGGAAAAGGCAAAAGAGAUGGUUGACACAGCCUAUGUGAGCAGCCAAAAGAGAGCCAACAAUGUCCUGAAGAAGGGCUCGGCCACCCCGUCUGAUUGCAUUAAAUUCCUGAAAGAACCUAAGGCGGGAACCAAGAAAGCCACACGAGCUGCUGAUUACAUAGAAACCACCCUGCAGAUCUUGAAGCAGAAGCUGUUGCCCAUUCUGGGAGAUGUGAAUAUCAUAGAUGUGCUAAGCCCUCUGCAAAAGGGCCUCAUUGGCCAAGCUACAGGCUGUGGCUCCUCCAACCAUUCUACAGAAUGCCCAGAGAUCAGCGCUUAUCGGACCAUCUCCGGGAAAUGCAACAGCUGGACAUAUCCAAACAGAGGAGCCUCCAAUCAAGGCUGUGCUCGUUGGCUCCCAGCCGAGUAUGACGAUGGAAUAUCUCUUCCUAGGGGGGCUAUAGAAGGAAAGCUUUUGAAUGGAUUCCCUCUGCCACUGGUCCGUGAAGUGUCCAAUGUGCUGGCACGUGUUUCCAAUGACAACAUCACUCAGGACCAGAACCGCUCGCUCAUCUUCAUGCAGUGGGGACAGUGGGUGGACCAUGACUUGGACUUUUCCCCAAGCAGUGAUGUCAACCCUAACAAAACGGAAGGUCCAUGUGACUCCACCAGCUGUGUUUUUGAACCCCCCUGCUUCCCUAUUAAGUUUCCUCCCAAUGACAACAGGACUGGCACCCCAGACAUCUGUAUGCCAUUCACCCGCACAUCCCCUGCCUGCAACCCUGACUCCUUCAUCCGGGAGCAGAUUAAUGGCAUCACCUCAUUCAUGGAUGCCAGUAUGGUGUAUGGCAGCGAGAACACCCUGGCCAACUUGCUUCGCAACCAUAGCAGUGACCUGGGCCUCUUGGCCGUUAAUAAAGAGUUCCAGGAUGAAGGACUUGACUUCAUGCCUUUUGAGACCAGAGCCCUAAACCCUUGUUUGCUCACCAACAAGAAGGCCAACAUCCCUUGCUUCAGAGGAGGGGAUGGGAGGACCAACGAGCACUUGGGCAUCAUGGUGUUCUACACUCUCUUCCUUCGGGAGCAUAACCGCCUUGCCUUGGAACUUAAGGAAUUCAACCCACACUGGAAAGGGGAAGUGCUGUACCAGGAGGCUCGGAAAAUCAUUGGGGCCAUGAUCCAGAUCAUCAACUACAGAGACUAUCUGCCUCUAGUCCUAGGAAAUGAGACCGAGCAAUAUAUCCCUCCCUACACAGGCUACGAUGAGUCUGUGGACCCAACAGUGGCCAAUAUCUUCUCAUUGGCUUUCCGGUUUGGACAUGGCUCCAUCCCACCCUUCAUGAACCGUUUGAAUGAAGAGUUUCAGCCAAAUGGCCCAAACUCAAUGAUCCCUCUCCACCUUACCUUCUUUGCUCCUUGGAGAAUUAUUCUAGAAGGAGGCAUUGAUCCACUCCUCCGAGGACUACUCAUCAACCCAGCCAAGAUGACAAAGCAGGAUGAAAUCCUGAAUGAAGAGGUCCAAGAUUGUCUCUUUGAACAGACUGAGGUCAUGGGCUUAGAUCUGGCUUCUAUCAACUUGCAAAGGGGAAGAGACCAUGGCAUCCCAGGGUACAAUGCUUGGAGACGUUUCUGUGGUCUCUCAGAGCCCCAGACUGUGGAGGAACUUGGUGAUGUUCUCCAGAACUUAGAAUUGGCUGAGAAAUUUAUGGACCUGUAUGGGACAGCAGAAAACAUUGACCUCUGGAUCGGGGCUUUGGUUGAACCUUUUGUUCCCAAUGGAAGAGUGGGACCUCUGCUUUCCUGCCUGAUUGGAUGACAGUUUCAGCAGAUUCGAGAUGGGGACAGGUUUUGGUGGGAGAAUCCAGGAGUUUUCACAGAUGAACAGGUAGAAUCCCUGAAGAUGAUUUCCUUGCCUCUCCUGAUCUGUGGCACCACCCACCUCUCUGAAGUCCCUGUAGAUGUGUUUCAGGUCAACAACUAUCCUGAAGACUUUGUAAAUUGCAAAGAGUUUGGAAAGCUUGAUUUGUCUCCCUGGAAAGUCCAAAUUGAGUAG